AUGGCGGGCGGUCCCAUCAUACUGCCCACUCUUAACAUGGCGGCGCGCAGUCACGGCCGGGUCCUGGCUACCGUGAUGCUGGUGAUGUUGCUGGGGCUGGCGACCGGGGAAGCGGAGGACGAAGCGGAGACGGUAAUCAUCGGGCUGCGGCUGGAGGACACGGACGACGUGUCAUUCAUGGAUGGCGGCGCGCUGCGGGUGAGUGAGCGGACCCGGGUGAAGCUGCGGGUGUACGGGCAGAACCUCGACAACGAGACGUGGUCCAAGAUCGCCUUUACGGAGCACCCGCCGCCCUGGAGCGGGGCCCACGACUCGCCCUCCGAGGGCACCCACCCGUGCGGCAUCCGCACCUCCGACAUCCUGGUCCAGCCGCCCAUCAAACUGAGCCGCAGCAGCUCCGCCAUCAUCCACAUCGAGAUCAAGCCCCUGCGGAAGACUGAGAAGAGCAAGGCGUACUACCUAUGUACCUCCGCCCCUUCCCCUCCGCCCGGCCCCGGCGGAGCCGCCCACCCGCAGCCCUGGACUGAGACCACCUGGGUGUACCACGCCGGGGAUGACACCCGGGUCAUUGUGGUGGAGGAGAAAAAGUUCCUGCUCCCCUUCUGGCUUCAGGUCAUCUUCAUUGCCCUCCUCCUCUGCCUGUCUGGCAUGUUUAGUGGCCUCAACCUGGGACUGAUGGCCCUGGACCCCAUGGAGCUCCGCAUUGUCCAGAACUGUGGUACCGACAAGGAGAAGAACUAUGCCAAGAGGAUUGAGCCCGUCCGCCGCCAGGGCAAUUACCUGCUCUGCUCCCUGCUGCUGGGCAACGUGCUGGUCAACACCACCCUCACCAUCCUGCUGGACGACAUUGCGGGCUCAGGGCUGGUGGCUGUGGUGAUCUCCACCAUUGGCAUUGUCAUCUUUGGUGAGAUUGUGCCACAGGCCAUCUGUUCCCGCCAUGGCCUGGCUGUGGGUGCCAAUACCAUCUUCCUGACCAAGUUCUUCAUGAUGAUGACCUUCCCGGCCUCCUACCCGGUCAGCAAGCUGCUGGACUGCGUCCUUGGACAGGAGAUUGGCACCGUCUACAACAGGGAGAAGCUGCUGGAGAUGCUGAGGGUCACUGACCCCUAUAAUGACCUGGUCAAGGAGGAGCUGAACAUCAUUCAGGGGGCCCUGGAGCUCCGCACCAAGACUGUGGAGGAUGUCAUGACCCCUCUGCGAGACUGC